AUGGCGAAAGCAAAAGUAGCGAAAAAGAAGACGACCAUCUUCUCGCUCUCCACCGAAGUCCGCAACACCAUCUGGCACUACACUCUGGAAGACGACAACGAGCAAUGCACCCGCAAGCGCCGAACCCGCGAGUGUCGCUGGUGCAUCAACCGCUGCCCGUCCUACCAGGAGCCACCUGUCCUCCAAGUCUCCCGUCAAGUCCGCUGCGAGACACAAAGCGUCUGGUACGCCAACGCCACCUUCUACUUCCACGACGGCAGCGACAAGCUGCUUGAAUUCCUCGUCUUCCUAGGCAACCACAAGACGGCCAAGAUCGCCAACUUGAAGGACGAGCCCAGCUUCGGCAAGCCUUCGUUUGCGCGCAAGUCCCUCGAGGAGGUGUAUCACAAGAUUCAUGCUCUUGGCAUCCAGCUAUCCGAGCAAGCUAUUGAGGUCAGCUGCCAUGAGGGUGUGCGCUUGCUGAAGAGUACUUUGCGCAAGGAUAUCAAGGUUACGAUGCGCAAGAAGAUCGGUGGCGGUGUUGCUACUACCACGGUCUCCAUGCCUCGCAUGCAAGUCUCAUCUGGAAGCGCUUCGACGGAGGAUGAGGGCAGUUCGAGCGACUCUCUACUGCCGAACGACGACACCGACAGCGACGCCACCCUCGACUACUCCGACGGUAGCGAGUACCUUGCUUGA